UGUGCCCUGGGAAAUGCAGUGAGCAGAAGAGAGAGAGAGUUUCUUUCUUCUUAUCUAAACCAGCAGGGAAAGAUAUCACAUCAGGAGGACGCAGUAGAAGAGGAGCGGUUGCAAUGCACAGCUCUCAUUAGUGAGCCUUAGGACCUGGUGGUGCCACAGCCAGCGUGCGAGAGCAUGCAAGCGAGAGAGUGAGCAAACGGGGGUCUCUGGACACGAACGUGAAGUACGGUUUUGCUGCAGCUAGAGGGCUUUGCUGCUGCUGCACAGCCCCGCGCACUGCCUGGUGCUCUGCUGCACACCCCAGCGCUGGCUGGGGCUCCGCCACGCCGCUCCCACCGCUCCCCACAGCCCACGGCUGGGCCCGCCGCAGAGCUGCUGGACGCCAGCCCACCCGGGUGACAGGCCGCGGCAUCCCCGCAGCCGAGCUGCUGCUGGCCGCGGUCAUGCCUGCCGCCAGCGCUCCACUUCUGCCGCCGAUGCUACAACUUGGUGGGUGAGCCCUUCCUCCACAUGCAGGAUCUCUUCCCCCACCAUCAGCAGCAUGGAGAGUGUGCGUGAGCUCCAAAACCCGCUCUUGGCCAAGGCCAAUGGGCAUCUCCACAGCAGCUAUUCUUACCACCAGCAUCACAGCCAGGACUAUCCCAGUCACCGCUGCCAAGGGAAACUGUAUUCCUACAUCUUCCAAAACACUGGCAGUGCCAGGACUCACCAGCUGCUGGAUGCCAGUUCCCUGCAGCUGGCCGUUGAAGCCUUGUAUGGCCCAAAUUUCAUCCUCGUGAAGGAUGAGACCACUCUCAAGACCAAGGACAGCAAGUCAGAAAACUGCGAGACCACCUUUAUGGAAAGCAAAGAGUCUCCAUCAGAGGGUCCCGACGGGCAUGACGCACAAGGGUCUUGCCUUGUAGAGCGCGACAUUCGCAUCCAAACUGUGUCCUAUGAGGUGGAGGAAGAGGAGCUCCAGGAGUAUGAGAGUGACUCCUCCAGCGACAGCGAAAGCGAGGAUCAUUUCCUGAUGCUUCCCCCCCGGGACCACCUGGGCUUGGCCCUUUUCUCCAUGCUGUGCUGCUUCUGGCCCCUGGGGAUCGCUGCCUUCUACUUCUCCCAAGGGACCAGCAAGGCUGUCUCCAAAGGAGAUUUCCAUCUGGCCAGUUCAGCUUCCCGACGAGCCCUCUUCCUCGCCGCACUCUCCAUCACUAUCGGCACAGGAGUGUACGUUGGGGUGGUGGUAGCGCUGAUCGCUUAUCUCUCCAAAGGGGGCCACGUAUAGCUGCCACCCACAUGUCAUCGCCGUCCUCAGUCACCGGCCUUCCUGGGAUCGAGCUUUCCUGCAGAGCACAGGUUGCCAGUGCCUCCAAUGGCUGCUUGCACAGCAGGACCCCAGCACGGAUGCCCUGCGCAAGCUCUUUCCCCUUUCAGACAAACAGUAGACCCCUGUUCUCCCCAAGGCCAUGGCGUGCCACCAUCCGACAUCAGGAAAUUGGGCACUGGCCUGGCUGCUGGGACCAGGAGGAGCAUAUUUGCCUGGUGGAAGACGUGCAGGAGAGACGCUACAUGCUGCUGCUUAGCUGGGAUCACCACACAUGCUCCGAGGCCAUGGUUUACCCUCCCACUGCUGGUGCCCAGGCUUGGCCCAUGAAGGGGGCACACAGGGAGGAGAGGGGACACGGUGUCAGGGAGUGACCCUGGGAGGCUGGAGUCCUGGUGGGAUCUCCAGACUCCUGGGAUGGAGACAACAUUCCUAUUUCAGUGCCACGGGAUAGCACCUGGCCCCUCAGCUGCAGCAAAGGAGGACACAACCUGGACAUGACCAAAGGGCGUGUUCUACACAUCCCUCUGCAUAUAGACACCUGAUCCACAGGAGAGCAUCUCAGUUGUCGGCCCAUCCCAGAUCAGAAAUAAGGAGAAAGGCAGGCUGGUGUUUACACACUGUCACUCUCAUUGCUGGAGCAAGGUGGCAAAGACAGCAAGGUUUUCUCAGCAUUAAUUAUGACUGUAUGAUAAUUGCAAGUCAUAGUCCCCAGAAGUUUGGCAUCCCACAGUAAUGAGCCCUUAAAAGACUUGUAAUGGCAAUUUCUGCCCAAGAAAUGACCUGGGAGGGGUGGGAGAAUGGGAUUGAAAGAAAAGUCCAGCAUGACAAGCAGAGCCUGGGGCCAGAGUGCUAUAUGAGAGGGGAUGAGAUCCAGAGAGGGGGAAGACUUUGAAGGACCCCAAGACACAAGGGUGACCACAACACACUUCAUCCCAUGCCUUGGCGAGAGGUAUCUCCAUCCAUUCAAAAGCUUCUGCUGACAAGGAAAUCCCAUGCAUCCCUGCUUACAUCUUACUUUUGCUAAUUUGUAUAUUGUCAGCGACACAUCAAGUGCUUCAGAGGCGGGUGUGAAACCAAUGACUGCCCCAAAGGGCUGGCGUUACAAGGCCCUGCCUCACCCUCCUCCCCAGCAUCCACUUUGACCCUCCUUUGCCCUGGCCAUGGUUCUCCUGCCACAUCCUUCCCCACAUGCAGAAGCUGCAAGUAGACUCUGGGCACCCAUCACUCCCUUCCCAGUGUUUCUGGGCAGGCUGCAGCCGGCUCUGCAAGAGGUGCAGCAUGUUCCUCCAGCUGGGUGCCAUUCAAAUGUACAUUUCAUUCUAAAGAAGCAUGUUGAUGUCUUCGAUUGCUGUUGUAUUUGAGCCAUAAAAGAGAGAAGCACAUCAGAGACCUGUUCAGAAGCUGGUCUGAAAGUUCCCAUUACGUUUUAUAACGUGAAAGAGCUAAUAAUAAAAACAGAAAAAAACACUUUGUUUAUAAGGAGAUGGAGCUGGCUAGUGAAGAGGUGAGCUUUGCAGAAGUCAUGAGCUCACUUAAACCUGGAGGUGUUUAUGCGGUUCCCGAAGGAAGUUAUAAUCCAGCUGGUGUCUGGGCAACCUGGAGGGAGAUGUACUGCUUUGUAGAUCUCAGAAAGCAGCUAGUGAUGGGAGCAGGAUGGUAAUCUAGGCUUUUUGCCAUAUUUGGAUGGACAAGAAUUAGGGAGGGAGAGAGAGUCUGGAGCAUCAUAUAUGUUCUGGCUGCUCUGUGUAUAGUAGAAGCAUAAAAUACAAUGUGCCUGAAGAGGUGCAGAAGAAUACAAACAUUGUGGGGGAAUAAACAGGUCUUGCUUCUGAUAGUGGACAGAGGGAGACAGAAUUUGCAGGGCAGGACUGGGGUGUCCGGCAGAGAUGAGGUGGCUUAGAGGGGAGAGGUUGACCUCACCCAGUAGCUGAGAGAUGGGUUUCAUUCCCCCCUCCUCUGUGUGCUCAGCCUUCCUGGGCAUCUGUCCUUCCAAAUAAUGGAGCAGGACAGGAGCACGAUUUCAGGAGAGGGGACAUCCAUGGUUGCCUGUGCAGCAGGGGGAACCAGACUCACUGUUCUCCCAGCUCAGUGCUGUCCCAGCUAAACCCUCCCCACCUUUCCCCCUCAAGCACCCCUCAGCUGAGGGUCAGGUGUGGGGCCUCCCCACCAGUUCUGGUCCAGACAAAACCAUUGGGGCUGCCAGACCAGAAUCAGCAACAAGAAACUGCAUUUGCCAUGAAUUUGUAGUUCUGCAACCUGGCUCCCUCCAGGGGCUUACCUGGGUGAGGGACCAGCAGCCCCCAGCCUGCUCCAUGUAGGCACGCCAUCCCCCUGCACCCCAACCCACCUCCGGGAACACCACACAGGGAAAGAUCAGGCUAAAGGGCCAACAGAAUUAAAAUGUUUUCCUCUAAUAGCCUGAAUCUCUGAUGAUCUUGUCAAAGUAGAGGGGAAGGGGCUGUUCUGGAGCAUCCCUAAGGGGGGCAUUAUGCAAAUGGAGAAAUUAGUUGGAAACAGCCUGAAGGGAAACAUGUGCAAAUUGAAAUUCGAGGACCAGCAUGGGGACUGCUGCUGAAUAACUUAUUAUAGACUCACAGCGUCUGCUGCAGCCACCUCAGCAGAAGGGAAGGAAGCAAAAAGGCAACAAAUCUCAGCAGUCAGGGAAGACGUGAGCUUUGGAAAUUUGAUCAAGCUAAAAAAAUACAAAUGUUAAACUAAACCCUACCAGUGGGUGUGGAAGAGUUGACUCUUCUUCCUUCUGUCCUCCCAUGGGAGGGGUUCCUCUCCCACCUGGGAAUCCCAGCCCCACAGCAGAGCUCCUGAUCUCACAGGGCAUACUCAGAAAUUUGGGGUGAAGGAGGAAUAGCCUCGAAUUCUGGCGUGGCAGCAUUUCAAGCCCAGAAAGGAGUGUGGAGGCAUGUCGCAGGUGUGGCAGGCAACACACAGGGCAGUGAUUGCAAAGACGGUCUGUGCCCGUGCAGAGGGGAGGUGGUGGAACAGCAUUCCUGGUGGCUGACAAGGGAGGAUUUGGGGUUCUCUGAGCUAGGGAUAGAGGCGGGGGGUGGUUAAAUGGUGAUGUCCUACAAAGGUGUACACCACAACCUGAUGUCCUUCCCCACACCCUGGAACUUUCUAAAAAAUAGAUAGAGAUGCUGAAGAGUCCCAUGGUACACCAGAACAAGCCCCUCCUUCUUCAUUCAUGAGUAAUUUGUUAUCCUUAAUUAGGACAUCUAUUUGCAACCGAGCUCCCCGCCAGCCAGCUGCAGGUGCCUGUCCCUUUGAAUGCAGGUGCUGUGUAGCACCCCCAGCACAGGCACAGUUCUGCAACCCCCUGGCCCCAGCAAUCCUGUCUCAUCGCCCUCCUGCUCGCUGUUCCCGAGGUGCCCCUGUCCUGGCCCCAUUGCCGCACAAGCACCCCUCGCCCUUAGACAGUGACACCGAGAAAGUCACCAGAAAACCCAUCCCCUGCCCCCUCUCCCUAUGCCCAGACACCCCACUCUUGUCUCACACACUGAGCAGCUUUUGAGUUGCAAGAAGCACCACCACCAGAUGUCCCAGGUGCCCUCCCUGCUGUGAGGAGAAGACCCUGGGGAUGGAGCCAGCCCCACUCCCCAUGUCUGACUGAACAUCUGCUCCAUCCCUUCCCUGCCCUGGAGACGCUCCUGGUUCAGCCAGGAGCGUGGUGAAGUGCUGUCUGGGAUGCGCUGGGCUUUGUUUUCUUUUCUCAGCAGUGGAAAACGUGUUGUCUUCCGGCUUGGGCUCCCUUCAUAACCUUCACAACACCAAGGUAAGCGCCUCCCCGUGGGCCUUUCUCUUCAGAAGCAACUAAGGAUGGGGCAGACAAAGCCCGUGACAAGGGCAAGGAUGGCCUUUGAAGCCUCCCUCCUUCUGAGAUGCAGUCAGAAAGAAACCUGCCGAGGAAAAUGGAACCAGUGCCUCAGCCACAGAGCUGAGCAACCGAUGCAUCUGAGCCACUGCCUGCUUCUCUCAGCUCUGCUCACACCACUCACCUCUCAGCAAGUACUGCAGCGUGACAAAAUGGGGCCACUGGCUGCACACCAGGACUGGGGAGUGCUGAUGAGGGAUACAGGGAUGGGGCCGUGCUGGAUCUCACUCCUCUUCCCCAAGGGAUGAGGUGAGAUGAUGGAGGAAAAAAGCAGAUAAGCCAGUGUGGUUUGUGGGGGACACAAGAGCUCUGUGGGACCCCAUCCCCAGCUGAAUGGAUCCACUGGGGCACUGGUCCUCCUGCAUCCUCCCAGCCAUCCUGUGGGCAACGUGGAAACAACUGGGGCAGGACACAAGGUCUCCUGCUGUGCUCCCAGCACCUUCAUCUGCCUGGGAGGUCACAGCCACUGGCAGAGGCAAAGCUGCCGCCAGCUCUCCAAGCAGUGCCCGUUGGUGGAGUGCAACUGCAGCCAGUGCUGGUGGUGCAUAAAUGCCUCCAUUCUCCCCCCAUCUGUCCUCUGGAGGCUAGCAAGAAAUGAGACAUAGGGAAAUAAAAGUGGAGUAA